UGGCUACCCUUAGGCGGCUUGUUUUCCAUUCAUGUCUUCUUUUGUCCAAACCCAUGCUCUCUACUAUUAUAUAACUGGCUAAACCCCAACACCUCCCCUCCCCAUUUCUAGCUUGAGCUUUGAUAGAGUGAUAGAGAGAGAGCUGAAAAGAACAGGAAAAAGAAAAGGAAAAAUGAUCAAGUUGAAGUCAAAGAGGUUUUGCAGAGGCAGCUUUAAGUUUGGUAGUGGUGGAAAUGGUGGCAGUGGUAAUGCAAAAGUUGCUGAAAAAGUAUGUGGAAACAUGAGUGAAAUCAAAUGGGAACUUAGGCCUGGUGGCAUGCUUGUCCAAAAGAGAGAAACUGGUGGAAGUGUUGGGGAAGGGGUGAUCACUGUCAGAGUCUCAACUGUUUCUCAAUGGCAUGAUAUUUCCAUUGAAGCAACUUCCACUUUUGGGGAAUUGAAGAUGAUCUUGUCAUUGGUAACAAGUUUGGAGCCAAGAGAGCAAAGGCUUCUAUUCAAAGGGAAAGAAAGGGAAGAUGAUGAAUAUCUACACAUGGUUGGUGUUAGAGACAAAGACAAAGUGCUUUUGCUAGAAGAUCCAGCAAUCAAGGAAAUGAAGCUUCAUAAAUUGGCAGGAAGCCAACAAAUUGGCACUGCUUAUCGCACCAUAAGUGUAUGACACUGAUGAUUAAACACUAUUGUACUCUCACUAACCACCCAAAAAAAAAAAAGUAGCUAAAAAAUGGUGAAGUGUUUUUUUUUAUAUAUUUCACUCAAUUAGAUUAGGGACUUUGGUUGUAUUAAACUACAUAGUUUAAUAUGAAAGAUGAUGCAUGUCCACAUCAUUUUGCCAUAGUUUAAUAUGUUUAUAACACAAAUGUUGAUUCCUAAUGUAA